CUCGUCUCAUUUCUUUUCUGCCAUUAGAUCAUGUUUAAGCGUACUCCAGGAAGCAGAAAGGAAAAGAACAACGACGAUGAUGAGUCUACAUCGCCCACCAUCACUGUCUCUGUACCCCAUGACGCGUUGGAGCCACCAUCUCCCAGCAGAAUAAGCGAGGAUUCAACCUACUCUGGCAAUCAUCGCAGCAGUAGUGAUCGUCCUAAGGUGCAGCCACAUCAGCCGUGGAAACCAUGGGAUCCUCGGAAAUUAACCAAGACCGCCAGCAAUAGGCCUCACUUACAUGGGGCCCCCGAUGCUGCAGUUCCUGGAGUCUUAUCGCCCCCAUCCACAGUCGUGUCCCCCUCAGAUACGUCAAAGAAAGCUCAAAGCAUGAUGUUGAAAUUACCUGGUAUAUUUUCUUCAGGGAAUCCGAAUACCAGCGGGAAGACGCAUUUACACGGCUCCUCUAGUAAAAACCAACAGCAACAGCCUAUUGAGGCUCGAUUAUGGAAUGCAGAUUUGACUGUCACCUCUCCACUUUCUCCAGCUGGGCCUCGUUAUAUUUCCGCAAUUGCUGGUAGAGGUGCCAGUCGCAAAAUAGGAAACGAUAGUACUGGGCGGUUCACCUCAACUUGGAGAGGUGGGGGAGGGCAUUCCAGCCCAACAGAUCAUGGAUCGCCCACAUCUCUGUCGGGAUCAAGAUCAUCGCCUACAUUUUCAAUAGCCAAUGAUAAUGAUAGUAGGCCACGGUUCAAGAGCAUAGUCUCAUCUAGGCCCCAACCAGGAAACCAACGAGAAUUCACUCCCUUAAAUAUACCCGCCAGCAACCAAGGCAAUAAUGACGUUGAUUACAGUCUCGAUGAAGAAUGGGAACAUGUUAAAGCAGUCAGCCCGGAAGGUACAAAUACAGGAUCACUUGAAGUGACAUUUUUCAACAGUAAAAGUUCGGACCAUGGGGCGCACCAGCAUCACCACCGUCGCGAUGAAGGUUUGCUGUAUCAAGACAGACAUCCGCAUAUGAGACAGCAUACGGGUCGAAACCAAUAUCCAGUGUUUCUCAGUAAUCCUAGGAGAGCUCUCCGAGCGCGGUUGUUCUGCUUGCGUCGAAGUCGACGAUUACAUCCUGUAGUGCGGUUAAUUGUUUUCUUGUUCCUGGCGGGGUCUGUAUGCUUUACUACUUUUCAUAUAAUCUUUAAAGCUUCUAGGAGCAAUAACCGAUUGCGGAACAGUUUUGACUAUACAGAACAACAACUACGGGUUCGACGGAUACUGGGCCAGUCGUCUACAAAAAAAAAAACUCUGUCUGUAUUCGAUGUCGAGGCACAGAACUAUAGCAAGCAUCAAUGGGCCUUGAAUACUUACGAUAUCAAUGGCUCAAAGGCAAUCGUACAUGUAGGAGAAGACUACAUGUUAUCAAAAGCGUUCAGUGGGGCGAUACAUCCGACACAGGUGAUACCGUUCUAUUUUAAAGCAUCCUUUAGGGACGAGGAGGAUGAUGAUGACUUGCCUAUGGAUGAUGAUGGAUUACAAGGAUCACAACCGAUAGCAAGGGGAGAUCACACCAAUGACGAUACUCCAGUCCAUGUGGAUCCAUCCUUAGUCACGAUCACUACACUUAUCACACCAGAUCGUUAUGGUGUCUUCUUGAAACUCGUAAAGCAAUAUAGAGGCCCAAUAUCAGUGGCAACUCAUAUCCGGAAAGGUCCUGAUCAGGAUGCCAGGUUUCAUGAGUUAAAUCAAUUCUUCAAAGAACACUCUAUCUUGCGGAAAUACGUCGAUCUUCAUGUUAUUGUGGAUCAGGUGGAUCUUCAGCUUAAUAUGUGGCGUAACGUUGCGAGGAUGUUUGCGAGGACAAAUUAUUUUAUGAUGCUUGAUGUAGACUUUCACAUCCCCUCAGGCCUCAAAAAUCACAUGCAUCAUGAUCCACGAAUACAGGAGUUAUUGUCAUCCGGAGCGGCGUUGGUCAUCCCUGCGUUCGAGUACGAUAUUAAGCACGAUCCGAAGGAUUCUAAAUACUUUCCGGACACCAAAGCUGAGCUCUUGCCCCUGCUGGAAAAGAAACACAUCAGAGUCUUUCAUGACUCCUUCCCACCUGGCCAUGCUGCCACAGAUACGCCUCGAUGGAUAAAGAUGAGUAAACGAGCAAUCGAGAAUGCUGAACGUCCCGUCGGAUGGCAAAUCGGAGAAGUGGAAGAAGACACUAUUGAAGAUACUAUUAAGGACACUGGGCGUAUCACUGAACAUGAGCGCGAGGAGUAUCUUGAGCAGGAAGCUGGAGGAGAGCGGCCUUAUAAGGUCACAGCUUUUGAACCCAAAUAUGAGCCUUACAUUAUAUUGAAGCGCGAAGGCACGCCAUGGUGUGAUGAACGGUUUGUAGGAUAUGGGGCUAACAAAGCGGCAUGCUUGUUUGAGAUUUAUAUCUCAGGAAUUGAUUUUUGGGUAAUGCCACAAGAUUUUUUGAUCCAUCAGUACCACGACUACCCAACCACAAACCGGAAGAAUGGGCGGAUUUUGAACAAGCAGCUCUUCGUCCAUUUUCAACAAGAAAUUUGUUUUAAGACACUGCAGCGCAUGAUUGUCACUGGCGAGUGGUAUACUAGCAAGGCCGAUAAUCUUCGACAUCAAUGUAGCGAGUUUGACAAUUUUCUAGCGUCUGCAGACCAACUCGCAAAAGAGUAUGAGGAACGAAAUUCAAACAGCUUGAUGGAAGAACCCAUUUAUGUGUCCGAGGCGGAUAGUGAGCAAAGACGAUAUAGAGCAAAUACGGACUGGAAACUGAAAUCACCGGCUUCACAAGCUGAUGAUAAUUCUGACUCUAACUCUGGCGAAAAAUAUAGAAGUAAUAUUGUUGGGAACGAUGGUCGAAACAACAGUCAUAGCGGCGAUGGACAUACAAAUGUUGAUAAACACAUUGUGAAUGAUGGAUAUCAAGACCGUUUCAUGUACCGACCUAAAGGGAGGAUCUGGGGUGGUAUCCAACCAAAGACUUUUUACAUACCACCUCCUGAUACUGAAGAAGACAUACCAAUUGAUGGGAUUGGCAUUGAUGAAGCUCUAGCUGUAGAUGUGGAUGAAACCAAAUUCAAUGAAUCAGACGAAGGUCAAGAGGCCAGCGUGAGAGAUGAAGAAGGAACCAACUUGACCGGGGAAAGGCUUGAGCAGUUCCGACAGGGUAUUAUCUUCCCGUAUGGGCAUGAUAUCGAUCCAUUCGGUCCUCCAAAGUCAGACAAAGAUAAAAUUAAGGAUAAAGAUGGUCUGGAAGAUAAGGCAAAGCAUGACAAAGUGAACACUGUUCCCAAUGGAGCUAAUGACCAGAAUAGUCGUGAUCAGUAUGUAGAAGAGGAUUUGGGUGACCAAGAUCAGGAGCAUGAUAACCCGUCUCCAAAGGGAUGGCCCUCGAUAAAGGAUGGUGAAAGAUAUACAUCGUUUGAAGAAGCUGCAGGGCAACUCGAGGCGCGUUACCAGUCAUUGGGCGUAGGCUCAGUGUAGAAUAUUCG